AGACUAAAUUUGUCCAAAAGAAGUCGCCAUUGUUACCUUGGCGGCGGAAGUUGUUUUCUGAAAGGUCUCGCGGAAAUGUGCACGUUACGGUUUUGGAAAAAAAGGCGCGGAGUUUGAAGUGAAGGUGACGCUCGUCUGUGAACAUCAUGUUCUACACUCAUCUGUUUACGUCCAAAAGGGGAUCUCUGGCUAAAAUCUGGCUAGCAGCACACUGGGAGAAAAAACUCACCAAGCCUCAUGUGUUUGAAUGCAAUCUAGAAACGACCGUGAGAGAAAUACUUUCCCCAAAGAUGAAGGUUGGUUUACGGACUUCCGGUCAUCUGCUCAUCGGUUUGGUCAGAAUCUACUCCAGAAAGGCAAAGUAUCUCCUUGCGGACUGUACCAUUGCCCUGGGCAAAAUUAGCACUGCGUUCAGGCCAGGUCAAACAGAUCUAUGUUUGGGGAGGGUUGAGGCCACAGUAAAAGAAAUUACCUUGACUGAGGACUUCACUGCCUUCGAUGUUGAACUGCCACACCCCUGCGACAUUGAUAUACCGGAAGAUUUUGCUUUAAACCAAUGUCGAUCAGAGGAAAUCACUCUGAAAGAAGAUUUUGGAAAUGGUUUUUUGAACUUGACAGACAUGGGCAUAGUUAGUGACUCCUUAGUUCCAUCAAACACUGUGCUGGACAGGAGCUUUGAAGGCUUUGCACAGCAUGAUGAUGCAUUUGGAGAUGAGGAUAAAGGAUUAGAUCUUCUUGACUUUCUGGGAAUGUCCAGUGAACCCACAGACCUCAUGGAAGAGCUGACACAUGAAAGCCAUGAGAGUCCAAAUGACCUUCAGAAUCACACCGUUGCUUUUGAAGGCAAUCCCACGGUGACAGAGACUCCUUCACCAAAUCAGACCACACUUCUCACUAACAUGGACGUUGCCUUCGCUCUGGAACCUGUGGCGAUAACUCCUAACUCAGAGAAGAGGGUGGGAAAGAGGAAACGCAAGUUAGUGGUGGACCACGCCAAAGAACUGAGCAACGACGUAAUCAGAGAGCAGCUUUCUGACUUCUCCGACCUGGUGGCUGCUUUGGACAUGGCCCCACCAACCGUCCAGCUCAUGCACUGGAAGGAGAGCGGAUCUGUCAGCAAACUCUUCUCCCAGCCGUGUUCCACGGGGCUCGGUCCACCAAUAAGCCAGCUCUAUGUUAAAAAUAUCUUCAACCAGAUGCACUCCAGAGCACAAGGAGAGGUGGAGGAGAUGCGCCAAGAGGGAGGAAGAAUUCAGAGUGACCGCAGUGGCCUCAGCCCCGACAACGCUGUCAGAGAUUCAUCAAUCAACCUGGAUAACACUGGCAGCACAGAGCUGACUCCUCUCCAUGACACAAACAACAACCAGGAGGCUCACUUGGAGCUCCUGCAUGAGGUGAACAUGUCGGAGCUGACUCAUCCGGACCUCCCGUCUGAGGACUCCAUGUUUGUCCAUCCAUCUCAUGUGGAGCAGGAGACUCAGUCAACGUCCCUCCUCUCUCAGUCUAUGCUGAGCAGCCAGGACUUUGAGGAGAAGAGGAUAACCAAGAGAGCACACAGGCUCCUAAACGCCCUCAAAAGUCAGACCAGCAGUGACCCCACCUUCAGCCUGAAGUCCCUCUGUCAAGGAAGUACUCGGGCUCAAGCCGCAGCCAUUUUCUUCUCCUUCUUAGUCCUGAAAAAGCAGCAAGCCCUCCACCUGCACCAGAGCGUCCCGUACAAGGACAUCCUCGCCACGCCGGGACCCACCUUUUACAGUCUGUAAAACGGACAGGAAGUCUGGGUUCAUGCAGAACUCUGGCUUUUGCUUCCUCCUUCAGACGGAAGGAAUGUCUUUGCCUGGACAGAAGUCUAGUUUGUGGGAUAAACACAGCAGCCUGCUAUAAAAACAAGUUACCCACGAGUGUCUAUUUAAUGACACGUGAGUUUGUUCAAACCUAAACCGAGGUUUCUUCUUGGCUGUUACUAAAACCUACCAGACUUUUUUUUUUUCACCAACACUUUUAAGAUAUUGCUCAGCUCAGAAUAUUUUAAUAAACUCAGAAAAGUUAUUUAUUUUUUUAAAUAGUUCUUCAAAACACAUUGUCCGUUUAUCUUGGAUUCCCAAUUUCUGCUUGUUGCGUUAACGUUUUGAACUGUUCCAGUCCCUGUGCUUCCUGUCUGAGGCCUGUUUCAUUUCACAGAUGAAAGUUGUCAAUAUUUAUUCAAAGUAAAUGUAUAAGAAAAGCCUCUAUACAAAAUAUAUGUUGAUAUGUUCUCAGA